CAGCAUGUCCGGCAGAGGCAAGGGCGGGAAGGGGCUCGGCAAGGGCGGCGCCAAGCGGCACCGCAAGGUGCUGCGCGACAACAUCCAGGGCAUCACCAAGCCGGCCAUCCGGCGCCUGGCUCGGCGCGGCGGCGUGAAGCGCAUCUCGGGGCUGAUCUACGAGGAGACGCGCGGCGUGCUGAAGGUCUUCCUGGAGAACGUGAUCCGCGACGCCGUCACCUACACGGAGCACGCCAAGAGGAAGACGGUGACGGCCAUGGACGUGGUGUACGCCCUCCAGCCGGGCACCCUCUACGGCUUCGGCGGCUAAAGCUUUCUGCUCCCCGACCAUCUCGAGAACCCAAAGGCUCUUCUAAGAGCCACCCACUUAAACUGGAAAAGAGCUGUGUUGCUUCAAAGCUGGUAGAGGGAA